UGCGAGUUUCAAAGGAGGGAAUAUAAAAAGGGCAGAGUGCAGAUGCUGGGUAUCGCCUAGAAAAGGGACUGCAGCAGCCGGUGUCGUGGCGCAGGGCAGCGAAAUGAGGAUGACAGGAGAAAUUUAUCCAGCUAUUCGUUCGCGUGUUUGGAUUGUCAAGGUCGUCCAGAGGCCUGUAUUUUGACAGGGUCGUCCAAUCAACGGUGGCGGGGUCGCUCGGAGAAACAGCUAGGGAGAUAGCCGCUAAUCUACCGCUUUUAAUAAGUGAGAGCUGCUUCACCGCCAAAAUUUUCAAAAAACGGCAGAAAAAACGGCUUGGCGCAGAAAAGUCGUUACUUUGAAUUUUUGCUUGGGGCCCCGCCAGCAUUGACAAGCUUCUGUAGCAAUUGCGUUGCGAGAAAUCCUCAAGAUGGCGCCGUCACAGAAGAGACCAAUUGAGGACGAUUUUAUCCAUACCCUCUCGGAUAACGACGACCAAAUUGCCGAGGAAGAGGAGGUCGCCGUUCAGCCUCCCAAGAAGAAAGCAAAGACGAACAAGAAGUCGGCUAAGAAGAGCAAAGAUGAGGAGCCUCAACCGGAGGAGAGCGAGGGAGUCUGGGGACAGAAGGACGAGAACGAUGGCGCCAUGGACUCUGAUUUCGAAUUCAUGGUCGACGACGCUGGCGAUCUCGGCGAGGAUGAGUUUGAAGGAUGGGGAUUCGAAGGCGCAAAGAAGGGAAUGGCCGUCGAGAAGGCCGGCGUCGACCUGGACGAGAUUAUCCGAAGACGAAGAGAAAAGAAGAACCAGAAAGGUGGCAAGGAAGAGGAUGUUUCCCCUGAUGGUGGAGCGGACAUUGACAUGGACGACGACGAGGACGGAGUUCUGGCAGAUGAUGCAUUCGGCAUGAACGUGGCCUCGGAUGCCGAAGAGUCGGGAGAAGAUGCCGACGCUAACGGUGACAAAGAAGAUGAUGGCGAUGAAGACGAGGACGAAGACGACGACGCAGCUUCUGACAAUGACUCGGUAGCCACACCCGUCAAUCACCCUGACGACAUGUCCGACGACGAUGAAGAAGAUGCUGAAGAAAAAGCUAAACGAGAUGCCUUCUUCGCUCCUGAAGAAAAGCCAAAGCCCGGACAAAAGGUCGAUGUUUCAUCGUUCCAGACCAUGUCUCUGUCCAGACCGAUUCUGCGCGGUAUUACCACUGUUGGCUUCUCAAAGCCAACUCCCAUUCAGGCCAAGACCAUCCCUAUCGCCCUCAUGGGCAAAGAUGUUGUCGGUGGUGCAGUUACAGGUUCCGGUAAAACAGCAGCGUUUGUGCUUCCUAUCUUGGAGCGACUCCUUUAUCGACCCAAGAAGAUACCCACCACACGUGUUGUUAUCCUUACUCCAACCCGUGAGUUGGCAAUCCAGUGUCAUGCCGUAGCUACAAAGCUGGCAGCGCAUACCGACAUCAAGUUUACUCUGGCUGUUGGAGGUCUCAGUCUCAAGGCCCAAGAGGUAGAGCUUCGAUUGAGACCGGACGUGAUUAUCGCCACACCUGGUCGAUUCAUUGACCACAUGAGGAACUCGGCUAGUUUUUCUGUCGAUACCGUUGAGAUCCUGGUGCUUGAUGAAGCAGACCGAAUGCUCGAGGAUGGAUUUGCCGACGAACUCAACGAGAUUCUCACUACGCUGCCAAAAUCACGUCAAACGAUGCUCUUCUCCGCUACCAUGACUUCCACCGUCGACCGUCUCAUCAAGGUCGGACUGAACAAGCCCGUGAGGGUCAUGGUGGAUUCCCAGAAGAAGACUGCAGGCACGCUGAUCCAAGAAUUUGUGAGACUUCGUCCAGGACGUGAAGAAAAGCGGAUGGGCUAUCUGCGUAUUGCUAGUGUUGAGUCAUUCCGAGACGGCAAAGUUUCCUAUCUAUUGGCAACAGAUUUGGCCUCUCGUGGUCUCGAUAUCAAGGGCGUUGAUACGGUCAUCAAUUACGAGGCUCCCCAGUCAGUAGAGAUUUACGUGCACAGAGUUGGUCGAACGGCCCGUGCUGGACGCCAUGGUAUAUCAGUGACCAUUGCUGCCGAACCCGACCGCAAAGUCGUCAAGGCUGCCGUCAAGGCUGGCAAGUCUCAGGGAUCCAAGAUUAUCAGCCGCGUCAUCGAAGCCAAGGAUGCCGACAAAUGGCAGGCCGAGAUUGAUGAGAUGGAUGAUGAGAUUGCCGAGAUUGAGAAGGAGGAGAAGGAGGAGAGACAGCUUGCUCAAGUUGAGAUGCAGAUCAAGAAGGGUGAGAACAUUAUCGCGCAUGAGGCCGAGAUCAAGUCCAGGCCGAAGCGAACAUGGUUCGAGACACAGCAAGACAAAAACAACGCCAAGCAAGCCGGAAGAGAUGAGUUGAACGGACCACGAGCCGCAAAGAAGAAGGGCGGCAACGUCAAACUGAGCAAUAAAGACAAGAAGCGUCUGGAUGCAAAGGCAGACCGAACGGAUAGCAUGGGCUGGAAGAAGGGCAAAGGGGACGCCGCAAAAGCUGCCCAAGCCGCCAAGGCCAAGGGGGUAAAGAAGGCUCCUGUCAAGGAUCGCUACCGAGAGCGACUGUUUAAUUUCCGCCUCAACACCCUUCCGAAGCUCAAGCAUCGUAUACAGAGCCGUAUAUACCGGUACAUACUUGGUCGACAGAGCAAACGACGAGCCAUGUCGAUUGGCAUACCCGUCCCAAGAGCAGAUCCGGUCCAAGCUGCUGCGCCUCUUAACCCGAACGAUGAACUAAGAGAGCAGGAGAAGAUUGCGCAAGAAGCUGCCAUGAUCGAGCGCAGGGGGCGGGAAGAGAAGCGCAUAGCAAACGCUGGCGCCUACAGCGAGCAGCCCCGUGAAGAUACCAGUUUUGGAGGGCCUGCAUACCCUUUGCCUAAGCCGUUGCCAACUCGAGCAGAUAGCCGAACGCCCAACUCGCUCUCAGGGAGUCCCAAACUUCCUCCGACUAGACAGAAUUCGGCGUUGGCCAACGAGCUCACAGAGGCUGAGCUGACCACUGCAAACGACAACUUGAUGGCCAGGAUAGCACCUUUCAUGACGAAUCCUUUGGUUGCCCUUCCCAUCACAAUAUUCUUUUAUAAUGAAUCGAAAUCCCAAUCACGAAACGUCCUCACAGAUGACGCCGGUCAUUUUGCUAUUCGAGCACCUCUGGAUUUUGUUCCUACACAUGUUAGGGUGCUAGUAAAGGAAGGCCUAUCGACCACGCAAGAGGUUAAUUACAUUGAGCCAUACGGGGUCAGCCUCAUCAGUGACAUCGACGACACCGUUAAAAUGUCGAAUAUCUCGGCAGGGGCCAGGGAAAUUUUCAGAAACACUUUUGUGCGUGAGUUGGCUGAUCUCUCGAUUGAAGGAGUCAAAGAGUGGUACAGCCAGAUGCAAGGACUGGGUGUGAGCGUGCAUUACUGCUCCAACAGCCCGUGGCAGCUGUUCCCCAUGCUGGCCACCUUCUUUAAAGUAUCUGGGCUUCCGGUUGGGUCUCUACACCUAAAGCAGUAUUCUGGCAUGUUGCAGGGCAUCUUUGAGCCUGUGGCAGAGCGAAAGAAGAAUACCCUCGUGCGCCUCUUGCGAGACUUCCCGCAGCGCAAGUUCCUCUUGGUUGGCGACAGUGGAGAGGCCGAUCUGGAAGUAUACACUGAGCUGGCACUGGCGUAUCCUGAGCGAAUCCUCGCAGUCUUUAUUCGAGACGUAACAACUCCGGAAACCACGGGAUACUUUGAGCCAUCUUUCGAAAUGACUCGACGCACAAUGUCUGGCUUGACGUUGAACAACAGCGGGCCUGCGAACAAUCGGCCGGCAACACGGCAAAGCUCAGCUGCGGGCUCACUUAGUGAUUCAAAGCCUCCCCCCGGACCAGUAAUGGGUACCCUGAUAGACUUUUCCGAUGAGCCUGAAGAAGCAAAACUAGAUGAAGCCGCGGCCUUGGAGCAAGUCAGAAAAUCAAGGCCGGGUCCGUCAGUCAGCGCAACCGAUUUGCUUGCUCGGAAACCGCCGCCGCCGCCUCGCCCAGCCAAGCCUGCGGCUCUAGCCAGCGCCCCCGCAAUACCAACCGCCAGGAAACCGUCAGUAGGACUUGGAAUAUCGGGGGCCGGUACAAGUAAUAGCCCUGAACCACCGCCGCCGCCCCCAAGGAAGCCCAUCGGCCAAGGCGGCAGCAACCAACCGGCCCACCCGCUGGCACAGAUACAGAACUCGUCCCAGCAGACAAUAGAGUCCACCAAGGCCGACAAACCGCCUCCCCCUCCGCCGCGUCGAAGCACCAAGAACCUUAGCCCGCGAAUGGUCUCGUACCUUCGUGGCCCGUCGUCCAACGCAGACGUCGACUUUGAUCCGCUCCCGCCGUCACUCGCACCUGUGCCCGCGGCUACUGGCUUAUCAUUCUACCGCCCUAGCAGCCGAUCGGGAAACACCUCGCCUUCGGGAUCGCCUACUAUGGGCGCGGUGAACAAGAAGCUCGAGCUCUGGAGACGGCGGUUGGUGAGGGCUCAUGACCAGCUUGAUCAUUUAGGCGUGGCGCUAUAUACAUGGCGCAGGGGACAAGAUGUUGAAGCUGAGGCUAUAGGGAUUAUAAAGCGGUAUUUGUCCGAGUUGGACAAGGAGAAGAGGAUGAGGAGGACAUAG